AUGGCGUUCUUCUGUGACCACAUGACCUUCCUCAAGGCUACUACUGCCAAUACAUUCAACUACACAGCCAAGAAGGUCAAUACAGCCAUCCCUGCUAUCGGAAAAGCCGUCUAUUUUGCCAUUGCAGGCGCUAGAGCCAAAAUGCUCGGCAAAACUUAUGCUGAUGUGCUCAACUUCCUGCAUUACGAAUUCACCCUUCCAGAGACCGAGGAAAGCUGGAAGAAGCGACAGGAUCUUCUCGCCGAGCUCUCGGACAUCUUCGAAAAGCGCAAAGAAAAUAGCGCCAUCCCAAACGACUUUGUCCAAAAAGUCAAAGCCGUCUUGCCUCACAUCGUCACCACUGCCGGCUCUGAGCGUACCACUCUGUCUGCUCAAGCCUGCCGAGCUCUCUCAAACAUUGCAAAGCACCUCGAGACCCAAAUCCAGCCGCAACUCGAUCUCCUUCUUUCUGGUCUCAUUGUCAUCUGCGGUUCGACCAAGACGGUCAAUCAGAAAAAUGCCAAUGACGCAAUCGUCAACAUCUGCAAACAUGCUGGUUACAGCCCUCGGUUGUUCUAUCACGUCUGUUCUGCAUUCAAAGAUAACCGCAUCCCUCCCCGCACCUAUGCGCCCGAAUGGCUACGCAUCCUCAUCGAAACCUAUCGCACUCAGAUGGACCGCGAGAAAGAUGCUCCUGCAUGUGAAAAAGCCAUCCUCCAAGGCCUCACAGAUGGACAAGUCAAAGUGCGCGAGAACAGCCGUGCUGCCUUCUGGACCUUCCAUUCAUACGACCCACGAGGUGCCCGCAAUAUCAUGAAUGGCCUCAACACUCAUGCUCAAAAGGCUUUGAAAGCCGAUCCACACAACCCAGACAAAUCUUCGGCCACUGCUGCCCAAGCUAAUGCUGUUCCAAGACCAAAGUCGGCGCUUGCCUCUAUCAAAGCUCAGAACAAAGAACGCAUGGCUCAGAGCCAAGAGUCGUCGCAGCAACGUGGCUUGACCCCUGAACCGAUCAAAUCCGACGACUUCAAACUCUUUGGUACCAUGGAGGACGUCGAAAAGAAGCCGAGUCUUCUCUCAGCCCCUGUCAGGAGACGCAUCGUUGCCACUCCAAUGCCUUCAGUCAACAGUGUUCAGCGUCCUGAAUCUCGCGGCCGAGCUGUAACGUCGGCGUCCUCCGUCUCGAAAGACAACACCAUUAAUGUUGUCCCAGAAAGUGUCCUCAAAUCCAGCUAUGAGACAAUUAAAUCCGACGGCAAAGAAAAUGCCCUCAAAUCCAGCUAUGAGACAAUCAAGUCCGAUGGCAAAGAAAAUGCCAUGGUGAUUCGUCCACGGAAAAAGCGAUCUCCAAAGAGAUCACCUCGGCGUUCUCCCGAGCGAGAUGGCCUUGCCUCCGAGAAAAAGACCCUUUUGAUGGCCAUGGAGGCACUUCGACGUUCCAGUCUUGAUGCUCUCGGCUACCGCAGGCUCAGGAAACUGAUUGAAGAAAACCCUGGUGUUUUGAUCACCAAGCACUCACAGUUCAACGAACUCUUUGAACUCCUCAUCAACAACAUGGUGUCGUUGGAUAUGAUCACCGAAUCCCGAGAUAAACGCGCCACAAACCUCAACCAUCCAGCUUAUAACACACACACGAUUCUCAUAACGUUGGUCCAUCUCUUCCAACAAUAUCCCCAGUGGCCUGAACCACAGCCUGGAAUGACACUUUCCGCACUACUCAUUGCUAGAUGCAACCACAGCUCCUCAUAUGCAUCUGUGCUUUCGGCUAUCGACGACGGUGCCUUUCUUCUGUGCAGUCACACGCAGACUGUUCUCCCCACGAUCGAUGCCGUCCUCGACACGCUCGAACAGAUUGAGUACAUCAUUACUACAAAUGAUCCUAUUGUUACCCCCAAAUCAACCGAUACUAUUUUUUACAACAGCCUCCAGAGUCUUGCGUCGGAGUUUGGCCCGGAAAAGUCUCGCUUUGCAAACAGGCUCCCUAUCAUUAUGGACUUCGGCUUGAAGAUCCUCAAUGCUCUCCUCAUUCGGCUUGUUUCCUGCAACGAAACUCUCUACGAGAUCCAAGAGGAUCGCCUCGCUGCGUAUGCCGAACACCUUCUCGCCAGCUACACAUCCAUCAUCAAAAGAGCUGUCAUGAACUUUUGCAUCAAUCUUCAUGCUGUCAUCAAACCCGAAGCCAGAUUCUACAAGUACUUCAAGAAGGAGUCGGACAAGAACCUGAUUCAUUAUUAUGUUGACGUUGCUGGAACAUCUUAUUGA